ACCUGACUGCACUUGGGAGGAGAUUCAGCUGUUGGGUUCAGGUGUGUUGGAUCAGGGAGACUCUAAGAGCUGCAGGACACCGACGCUCCAGAACCAGGACGGCCCACUCCUGGUCUAAAACCUGGAGGUCAGUUUUAGCUCUUACUUCCUGCUUAAACAGAGCAGAACGACUCACUUUAGCAGCUGCAGAUUUCUGCUUCACUGUUUUAUUUUGAAAGUCCUGCCAGGAAGUGGCUCACCUCACCUCCAUGUACUUGACUCUGGUUCGUCUGACCUGUACGGUCCAACAGCUGGGAUGAAACUGGGAUCUGUGUUUGGGAAUAAAGAGAGGGAAUGAACAGCACGCCGCCAGGAUUCCGGUUGCUCAGGCCUCCCACAGUCAUCGGCCAGUUCCACACGCUGUUCUUCGGCUCGGUUCGGAUGUUCUUCCUGGGUGUUCUUGGCUUCGCGGUCUACGGGAAUGAAGCUCUGCACUUCAGCUGCGACCCGGAUCGACGAGAACUCAACCUGUUCUGCUACAACCAGUUCAGACCCAUAACACCACAGGUCUUCUGGGCGCUACAGCUGGUAACUGUCCUGGUUCCUGGAGCUUGGUUCCACCUGUACGCCGCCUGUAAGAAUAUAGAGCAAGAGGAAAUUCUUGAACGGCCCAUCUACACCGUCUUCUACAUUAUCUCCGUUCUGCUCCGCAUCAUUCUAGAAAUCAUCGCCUUCUGGCUGCAAAGCCACCUCUUUGGUUUUCAGGUUCACCCGGUGUACGUCUGUGACGCCAGCUCCUUGGAGAAGUCCUUCAAUGUGACUAAGUGCAUGGUACCUGAACACUUUGAAAAAACCAUCUUCCUCAGUGCUAUGUACACUUUCACUGUGAUCACCAUUCUUCUCUGUAUUGCUGAGAUAUUUGAAAUACUCUGCCGCAGACUUGGCUAUCUCAGCAAUCAAUGACAGAAAGGUUCAUGCAGAAACACAAUGAGUGAAAAUAUCUGUCAUAUUUUCAAACUGUUCAUGUUGGGCUCAUUGUCACUGGGACUUUCAUGAAGCAGAAAGUCGGUGCUAGAGUCGGACUUCACCUGUGGUACGUCAGUAAGCAGCACCAAGAAAUCUGGGAAGGUGCAGUCAUGUCAGGGCUGGCCAGAACCAGCGGUUCUUUUGGUGUUUGCUGCCCUUAAGUAUAGAAUGACCAUCCGUUGGUGUAUUUCAGAAGACGGUUCUGUACUGGCUUGGUCGAAAAGUGUUGAAUGAUUGGACUGGAUGGCCAGAAAGUGUCAGCUUCUUAAAGCUGCUAAGAUCCCAUGUUCUUCUUUUGAUUAGUGGAGAAGGAAAGCUCAUUUUGACCCAAACUUGAACAAUUUUAUUUACUGAAGGUUCACUGAGAUCUGAACAUUUCUUGGAGAUGAACCUCAGAUCUAAUAUUAUACCAAACAAAAGUUUGUAGGGUUGAGACGUACACAUUAUAUGAUCUUCUUUUCACCAUAUACGCUGAUUUUUGAGCAACCCGGUGCAUCUUCUCUUGACCUCAGAUUACGGUUUGCCAGUUAUUGUUUGAUCAAGUUAAAACAAAAAGUUGAUGGUCCUGAAAGAAGCCCAAAGUCUCCCACCAAUCCAGAACGGAUUGAAUUAAUCUCCAUGAAAUCCAAAGCAUGGAUGUCAAAAUGUCUGGACCCAGAACUCAUCACUAAAACAGAUACAAGCUCAGUGUAACUUUAAGAAAAAGAAGCAAUAGAAAAUUUGGUUGUGUUGAUUUUUUUUUUUUGAGAAUAUGUCAAAAAUCUCCCUGUGCUCAUUGAGAAUAUGUUUCAGUGAGCUCAGAUACAUGCUGCCCACCCGACACAACAACGAGUUAUUAAUAACUUUUAAAGGUUGUGAACAAAAUUAGAUGGAAAUUUUGACACAUUUGAAGUUGGUUCUGUUAUGAUAAUCCUCAGUUUGUUUAUAGCAGCUGCCCUUAGUUCAUGUCUGAUUCUGGGUUUUUUUACUCCUUAACCACUGAAUUUAACACAAUGUCCUCUAUAUCCAUAUAACCAUUUAUUUGAUUUAAGCUACUUCAUGCUUUUUUCCUUUUGAAGUCAGAGUCUGUCCUUGGAAAUAUGAUUUAAUCUUCUGUACUGUUUUAUCCUUUUAUACUCAGACAUCCAUCCAACUUUUGUUAUGAAGUUUUUAGCAAUCUGUUUAUCAUCUCAGGUACAGGAUUGUAUAACGAGACAAAAGUGGAUCACGCCAUCUUUUCAAAACUUUUUAACCCUUUUAUUUAGCUCUCAGACAGAUUUCCAGAACUUAUUAGAGUUAUAUUUCUAUCACUCUAAAUUACACUAAUGGUUUUGUUCCUGCAACUAGAGAAGCCUCAGUCCUUCAGAGCACCUAAUACCUGUUGGCUGUUACAGAAGUCUGUAGAGUAAACCAAUCACUGUACAGUUCAUCUUCAUCUUCAGGCUUUCUUUCAUGACGCAUGCUGCAUGCUACCAGUAUUUGAUUUUAUCCAUUAGUAUUUUAAACCCCUAACCAUUUAUAUUGUAUACCUCCAAGUCUAAUUGCAGGAAUUUUAGAAGGCUAACUGGUAGUAGCUAGUCCAGAUUAGCAUGCUAACUGUGGGCGGUUGCUAGCAUGCUAACCAGCAACAGUUGCAACAGAUUUAAAACUAAAAACCAGGGCAUGUUAAAGAUUUAAACACAGCUACAUGUGAUCAUGUGUGUGAAAUUUCCACCACUGCAUGUUUUCUGCUUUAAUUCCUAUUCAUACUCUAGUUUGUACUCAUUUUGCAUUGCUAAGUGUAAAGAAACGGUAAAUGCUUUCUACAUCUGUUUCCCACAUCCCUCUUUGUACUGACAUUAUUUCAGCCCUCAAAGAUGUUUUCAGUCACUCAGCUACAGUAAGGUCCACUUCAUGACCAAUGUGUGCAUAUUAAAACUGUUUGUUUGACUGAUAUUGAAUAUUAUCUGUAAUUUUCAUAUUUGUUUUGUUAUGAGAUUAUUAAAGAAAAUGUUCUCCGAUUA